AUGGAAUCGCGUCUGGCAUCGACGUCGACCGCUUUCUAUGGGCGUCUGAUCCCACAAACAACUGAUGAAGAGCAAGUAGCUGCUGCAUUAGCUGCUCUAGAAGCUUCAAAUGACAGUGAAACACCCGCAACAAUGUGUCCUCCUGCCGUCCGUACGCUACGUAAUGCGGUACUACACGAGUCCCGCUUUUAUCGCGUGUUGUACGAGUCGAAAUUGUAUUCGAUCGAUUUUGGCGGGGUAUGCAAUUCCACAAUUUCUGCUGAAAAGAAUGACCCGGAACUUGAUGAGAUGCGACGACGGGUGCCAUCAUUGGUUGAAAGUGAUUAUAAAGUUGUACGGAUACAGGAAUUGGCCAAAUUAAAUACUGGACGCACAGCAUCGGCUCGAAGCAGACAGCAAAUGAUGCAACAAGAUCGGACUGCCUAUAGUGUUGUCAAGAUGCCGGACGAAGUGGUGGCUAGUAAUGGACGAUUACAGUGUCUUUUUGGAGCAAUGAAUGCACCGACGUGGUUUAUUCGUCUGGCACACGUGGAAAAUGCAUUUAUGAUGUUAUCAACAAAAGAGACAAGAAAAGUUGCAGAGUCUAAUGGAUUAGUGACGACAAAACAGUUUCUAGAGGUCUUGCCGGAAACUGAAAAGGAAGUCGUGACUAAGGGAAGGUUUUACUAUCGAGUGCUGGUACCUAUUGAGCUACGGAAGGCACCGGAUCUGCUGGCACCCGUGAUCUCUAGACAUGCGUUUAAGAAUGCAGAGGACAUUAUUGAAUGUCACGAGACGUAUCGCUGUCCACAGAGUGGGGUGACUUUUGUGAAGCUAGCAUACGAAGAUGGAUGGCUAUUUGAGACGUUAAAUUCAGGGAUUAAAGUGCUCGAAAGACUUGCGACCGAGCCUGAUAGUGAGUACGGCCAUUUCUUUUACGUGGUAAAGAUCCCAGUAGGUAUCCGAGUAGCACCUCAUAUUAUGGCCCAGCGAUCGGGAAAAGGCUUUAAGUUGCACUCGAUUGUAGAGGCGUCACAGCGUUUUACACCGCCUGGGAGUAAGAUCACAUAUGUUCGAGUGUGCAAGGACAAGAACUCUCGGAAUGGCUGUUCAGGUAGCCAUGCAGGUAGCACAGCAAGCCCAAAGUCCAUGGCGCGUAAACAUAGCGCUAGUGGCGGUGACAAUGCUGCUAUAUCGCCGACAGAGGAGAAUUCAUUUGCUUUGUUGUCGGCACCUUCGUCAUGCCAUGGAGGGUGGAUCUUUGAGACCACCAUGGAUGGGCAGGUGGUGCUAGAGCCGAUGGCAGAGCCGAAGGCGCGACAAGUGGAGCGACUCUUUUAUCGCGUCUUGGAGGAUGUGGAUGUGCUGCCUACACCGGCUGUUGGGAGAAAAGAAAGAGCGACAAUUGCAGUGUCAAGUUUGUCGAACCCGUCUAGUCCUCGAAGCAAACGGAAGCGUCUAAAAGACACGUUGAUUGAGUGUAGUGAAAGGCUUGUGCCUGCAGUGUCACCAGUCAUGGCAGAUGCCGGUGAAUCUGACUUGCCAGCGAUAGGUUUUGUGAAGCUACGUCACGAUGUCGGGUGGAUAUGUGAGCGACAGGUGCAAUUCCCGUACAAGCUGCUGCUGGAACAGGUUCAAGGCGAUGCCGUUACGCGCGAUUUACCAAAGUUCUACCGUGUGCUAGUGCCAGUGUAUUUACGCUCGGCUCCAGAUUUUGAGUGUCCGAGAUUGCCAGGGGUAGCUCCUAUGACAGCAGGUACCGUGUUCGAAAGCAGUCUCCAGUACACACCACCAGGUAGUCGCAUCACGUACAUCAAAGUGGCUAGUGCCUCUCAACCUACCGCAAAUAGUGCAUGCGAUGGUUGGUUAUUCCAUCAAACACCCAACGGUGAUCAGGUAUUGGAGGCCGUGGAUGAAGACCCAGAGAAGAAAAAUGGCAAGUUCUUUUUCCGGGUAAUUAGUGAGAAGAAGGAAGUGCUGCUUUCACCUGAGCGGACGGGCAAAGUUGUGCGUUGCCUGUCCGCGAACACAAUUUUUUCGGCCGAAACAGAGUAUACACUGCCACGCACACAAGAGAAAUUUGUGCGACUUACGAAAAAAAAAGGAUGGGUCGCACUUGACUCUCCGCGGUCCCAAACAGACAGUAUGUCGAGUGCUCCAUCCAGCCGCAGCAUCUUCCGCAUAAGUGCAAGUGGAAAUGGAGGCAAUGCACCUCGAACACUCAUGCAGAUGUCAGAAGAGCUUUAUAAUCUCUAUGCAAUGCCGCCGAGUUGGGUAAGCAUCGGGCAUCCGAAUCGUACGUGGUUUAAAGUUCCUGACGAGAAUUGUCGCACAAUCCUUGCAGAGGAGAUGGUGCUCCAGAUGUCUGUAUUCGAGUCGCGCAACAUAUUAGCGUCGAGUUCUCAGGGCCGUGAGAGUGUGCCUCUCUCACGGAAGGGAAAGCUCAGCCUGAAUGACGGCAAGAUUGUGUGGAACUGCACACUGGAAGAGAUCAAGCACCCGGCCAGCGCGCUGCUGUUCACUUUCCCAUGGAAACAAGUGUGGUGGAUAUUCGAGUUGGAGGGGUCAGGUGAGCGGCACUGUGUAGAAUUACAACACGGUCUUCGCGGUGGAUUCCGCUCCAUUCUGAUGGACGGCGAGCCGCUGCUACAGAACCGCAGCGUGAAGGGCAUGUUGUGGGAUUCCGGCAGCGAGUUCACUUUUACAUGGAACGAGCACACCUUCAAGGUGCUCAUUACACUUGAAGGUGCCUUCUUCUCGCAGUAUUUGCAGUUUUUCAGCUACACACUCGUAGUCGACCAGGAGAACAUUGUCCCCAGUAGACAGUAG